CUCAAAUACGAAAACAUCACCAUCGUUUCAACUUCAACGAACACUUCAGCACUCCAAUAAAAUACCCACGGAUGUAUAUCCCCCCCAUAAUAGUGCACAUCCAACGAAACAAGCCUUAUCGAGUAUCCCCGCCUCGAUACCAAUACCAACAUGGUUCGAAUCAAAUUCACAGGACCACCGACAUCUACGGUGCAGAUACAGCCAGCUCCAGCUGUCAAGGGCAUCGUCUCUAAUUCCCCACUUUUUGUUCGUCAAAAGACACGAGCUGAAGUCAAAGAGGUUACUCAAUUGGUUCAGCUGGAGAAAGUGUCUCAAAAGCAGCAGCAAAGCUUGGAGAUGGUACAGAUUAUGCUACAUGUGUCAUUCGGGACUCUGUUCUAUCUUCGGGAGUUUCUGCCACUACCAUGCUUUGACGAUAGAGAUUUGAAGCAAGCUCAACGGGACCAGAAAUGCUCAUACCAGGAGUUUGUCAACGGUAAAGCAGGCCCCGGCAAAUUUCGAGAUAGUACGGAUCUUGGGUUUGGAAAAGGGAAAAAGGGUCAGCCUCUGAAAGUCAUCGUUCGAAAUUCCGACCCCAAGGCGGAUAUGAUUCUCAACCUCUUGGAGAAUGGGAUCUUCGACGCUCUCAGCAAAAACGUACUAGAGGCGGUCCAAUUGACAAUUCUAGUCGAUAAGGACACGCCAGAUCAUGUCGUGGAGUCAUAUACAUUCUCCUUUAGGUAUAUCAAAGGAACUGGUGAUAUGGGGAGCCGACUGGAGAGCCUAUCGCUAGACCCUGUAGGGUGUGUAGCUGACAUGAAGACUACUCAAACAGCUCGAAUGGGCUUAGAGAUGAUAGUUAGGCGCUUGAUCACACUCAGUGCUUUCCUUCCAACUUUACCAAAUAAGCGAAAUCUAGGGAUUCAUUUGUUUUAUACCGACGAUUGUCCUCCUGAGUACGAGCCUCCUGGUUUCGCCGUGGCACCCAGUGAUACGAUUAGGUAUCCGUACAAUGAGAACUGGAGAAAGGAAUCUCAAUCAUGUGGCAUAAUGGAAAGUGGAUUUCAUACUGUUGGACUCCAGGUAACCUCUUUAAAAUGGACCGGACCGGACCCAGAAGGCUCGGAGGCGCCUCCCAAGAUACCUCUCCAGAUUGAGUAUAACGAUGAAGUACAACGAACGGCAGAUAUUGGAAGUUCAGAUAAGGGAUCCAGUAUAUUGAAUGGCCUAGGAAGUCGAAAUGGAAGCUUCCUCGAGGCAACACAGGACAUUACUGAGAGACAGAAACUGCAAAUGAUGAUUCCUACGCAGGGGACAUCUUCGUAUCCGGAAAGCGAUAUCGUUCCUACACAACCUCUUAAACCUUUUACAGGCGAUAACGAGAAAACGGCCCCAGGAUUUAGUCCAAGAACAAUUCUAUCUCAAAAUAAAACUUAUGAGAUAAACGAAUAUGUACGUUUACGAAAACCAGGAUUUGCUGGAAAUGCUGGGGAUCAAGAUAGAAUCAUCAAAUGUCAGUGUGGUUGGGAUGGCGAAGAACCAGAGAUGAUUGAGUGUGCUUUCUGCCACACACAUCAGCACAUGAUUUGCUAUGGAUUCCAAGGCUCUGAUGACUCCCGACUUCCUCAUGUCCAUGCUUGCUAUCAGUGCUUACUUGAACCUAACGAGUCGCACUUGCUGAGUGAAAUGAAUACUCUGGUACUUCUGAGACGAGCUCUCAAAAUUAUAUUGGACGAGGGAUUCCCAGAAAAGACGUCCUUAUUCACGCAGAAGCUUCAUUGCAAUGGACAAACUGUCAUCCAAAUAACCGACCUGCUUAGGAAGUACAACUUCCUCCAGCCAACUUCUGGGUAUAAAAGCAAGGGUUUCUUACAAAAAGGACUUCCAAAAUAUAGUAUCCCUCGCUCAGAGAGGAUUCGUCGGAGAUUGGAACAAGAGAUACUCGAUCCAAUGACCAAAAUCGGGCACCACUAUGUCAAACAAGGUGCAGAGGGGUCUUCAAAUGGUUUAGGAGCUGCUCCCAACCAAGAAUUCGACUUGGUUGACAAGACGUAUUCUCAAGUCGGAGACAGGUCCGUGGAUGGGCGUGACCAUAACGAACAGGAGACGCAAAAUACCGAUGAUAAGCAAGUAGUAUCACCAGAAAGAGGCCUUAGUUGCAAAAGAAAACAAUCGCAGAAUCAUGGGAGCGACAAACCCGAUAAGCCGUUACAAGAAACGAAUCCGAAUGACUCCAUGGCCUCAUCUCAAGAUACAUCAUCGACAAACGUUGAAAUGGCCAAUGGUGGCCUUCGACGCAGUAGCCGGAAAAGGCGCAAAAUCAGCAACUACUUAAGGCUCAUUGAUGUUGGGGCCAUGACUAGUGGUGAUGAGAAUUCUUGAUGUUGGUCUUUUUCGAUGGUGUUAUAUCCGUGUUGGAGUUCUGUAUUUUUUAAAGCUGGUGAGGGAAAACGGCGUGGAGAGAAAAGGUUGACUUGUGAUUUUCAAGGGUACUAUGUGCGUAUGUUAAUGAUUUGAUGUAUGGUUCUGUUUAUGAAUAUUGUUCUGCUCGAGUGGUUAAUAAAAUGGGACUGUUAUGUUUAUUGGUUUGCUAUAUCAACCGGCAGAGUCAAAUGCUACUAGUGGGUAUGGACCAUGUAUGCGGU